GGAGGAGGAGAAAGAAGAAGAAGAGAGGGUUACCAGAUAGUUCCAUGGAGGUGGAAAUCGUUCGUUGAUUCUGCCAUCCAACUCUGGCGUUCAAAUCACGGAGAACCGUGAUCCCCGUCGCUACGUGUGUUCUCUCUCUUUCUCACUCGCUCACUCGCUUAUUCACUCACUCACUCACUCACUCACUUACUCGCUCACUCACUUACUCAUUUACUCACUCUUUCUCUCUUUUUCUUUCUAUCUCUCUCUCUCUCUCUCUCUUUCUCUCUAUUAUUACUCACGGAUACGGUGUGUCUCUUCGUUCAUCACACGUUAGUGUUUCCAAUAAAAAUUAUUAAUUGAUAGUACUCGAGUUUUCAAGGGAGUCUUGUCGAAGUAGGCACAACAGUUAUCAAGAAGGAUUUGUCAAUUCAUUGACAGUGGAAAAAAAAAGCUUUCGCUGAGGGAAGAUAAUUGUUAUUUUUGUUUAACCAAUCGAAAUUUUGUUUAGAAGAAUAAUCAAAGAAAAUCGGAGUUUCAUCGGUGUAAUGAUUCGUUAAGAGUGAAAUUCAGGGACGUCGAAGGAGAAUGAAGUUAAAACGAGGGGUAAUUCGCGGAUCUAUUUGAGAAAUAAUUUCGAAGAGCGUUGGACCAAACGAUAUAAUCGAUUUGAUUUCUUUUUAAUUUUUUUAUUUAUUUAUUUAUUUAUUUCUUUUCUUCGUUUAAUUCGAAUCGAUCAGGAUGUACAGUCUGUACAGAGCUUGGUUCGGCGACGAAAGUGCCGCGGAUAAUUAUAAUCGUUUGCAAGAAACCCUAUCGCCGCCUGAUACAGUGAUCAGAGUUGGAAACGAGGGUGAGCAUCAGUUCAUUGCACACAAGGGCAUUUUAGCGGCACACAGUGGCUAUCUGAAGGCUUUGCUGGCCAGUGCAGCAGCUAGUUCGAGCAGUGGACCAAACUUUGGUGGCUCUUGUGGUGGAUUGAAUUCAGCAAGUUCCAGUAACUCGACUACAACUGGGAUUGGUGGACAACACGCUCGACAGCCGGUUACUUCCGUCUCGGUGUCUUCGAUCGGUGGAGAAGCAUUUGCGCCAUUGUUAAAUUACAUGUACACCGGUCGACUCGAGGUAACAUUGGACAACGUGUACAGUGUACUAUUGGCAACUCAUUUGUUACAUAUGCCUGGUGCAUUGGAACAAUGCAGAGCUGCUUUGCUCAGACUAAGAGGACCGCCCCCUUUGCCAACACCGAUACCAAUAACACCAACUUCGACAUCAACGUCGACGUCGAGUUCAGGUCCUGGAAAUAUAUUGAGACCCAUACCAAACAGAUUGGUAUUAGGGCCACCACUUUGUUGGCCUCAAACGAGUUCAAUUUAUCCUUCAACCGCGACAGCACCAGGAUCCGUCGGCCUAACACCACAUUUGCCUCAAAUGCAACCAACGACUGUACUGAUACCACCUUCCGUUUCACCAAACGUUUCGGUCAUUCCUACAUUAACCAGUCAAGAGACUCAAGAACCUAACACGCAUUACAGCUCGACCAACCGAGAUAUCUCAAGAUCACCAAGAUCAUCUCCGUCGCGAUUAAACAAAAGAACGAUCAACGUCGUUAAAUCUAGAUCCCAUUCAAGAUCUACGACGCCAGAUACCAUUUCACCAACGUCUUCUCUUCCAUACGUCAAUGCUGCGGCCGCGGCAUUCAACGCGUUUGCAUCGAGGUCAUCCUCGCCAUCGGUAGCGUCGCGUUCAUCGUCGUUAUCGCGAUCGCCAUCGCCAACGUCACGCAGAGGAAAGAAAACUAAUCCGAUAGAUCGACGAGAAAUUACGAAUUCUAAACAGGAGUUACGUACAACGACAACAACUGAUAUCAUCUCGACGGGUCAAACUGGACGGUCCAAUGAAAAUACCAAUUCGAUCGUAGGCUCACCUACGAGAAUUAACAACAGCGAUAAUCCAAAGUGUUCAACGACGUCAACGACAACGACAACGACCGAUGUUGAUCGCGGCAGACCGCCAUCGCACAGACGCAAAAAUCGUAUCGCUAACAACAACUCUUCUAACAACGUUAACGACCCUUCCUCCUCUUCUUCUUCCGGCAGUGUUUUGUCGGUGGUUUACGACGUUGCUUGUUGUGACGGACCCGUGAAGUUUCAUCGUGUUUUAAACGAAAACUAUACCGUAUCCCAGUCACGUUUACAAAGGCAUUGCAUCGAUGAUAAUACCAGGCCACCUCCUCCUACUGAGAACGACGAAAAUGGUGGCUCAGGAACUACUAGAGUACGAAAUUGUCCUACGGAUCCUAUAAUAACCACGCAAACGACAGAUUCUGGCAACAACGUUGGAAGUUACAGUUGUGGUUAUUGCAGGCAUACUUUCAAGUCCCAAUAUUGUUACAGAAAGCACGCCAAGAGACACUUGUUGCCAACGAGAUCGAACGGCGAUACAACAGCACCGAUCGAAAGAAAUCGACAGGAUAAUAAUUCGAGAAACAAAAGGGAGGUCAGACUUCUCGAUUUGAACGUUCAAUAUUAUCCGUGUAAAAUUUGCGGAUGUAAAUUUCCGAGUUAUUACUUCGUACACAAGCAUAGAAAAUUAUGUCACGCUAAUGUCGACGACAAUACUCGAGUUAACAACAGAGAUGACGUCGUUACGUUCAAUGAUCAAGAAUCAACGAGCCAACCCGUAGACGAUACGACGCCGCAACGUGAAUGAAAAAAAAAAAAGAUAAAGAAAAGCAAAAAAGAAAGGCAAAAAGAGCAAUAACACAUCCACGUGUCCAAGAUGAAAACAAACGAUUCAAAAUCCUAAUGAGAUGUUACAUAGAGAAAAAAAAAGUCGUAUUAAAAAAUUAAUCCAAUAGUAAAUGCAGUAAUAGUAUGUAAUGUGCGUAUGUAUGUGUGUGUAUAUAUACAUAUGUGUAUUAACCACAAGUAAUUUCUUCUUCGUGUUCGUUUGUUCGAUUAAUAACUAAAUUCAUUUUCUAUAUUACAUAUUAUAAUAUUAUUUCGAUAUAGUUCUUCAAUAUAAGAAUUAAAUAACAAAUUGUAUUAAAGUCGCUUAAACGAUGAUACAAAUUGUUCUAACGUUAUUUGUUAAUAACAAUGACAUUAAUUAAUCAUUGAACGAUAAUAUAGUAUAGAGAGAGAGAAAAAAAAACAAGAAAGAAAGAGCACAUAAGACCUAUUGUCAUAGAUAAUAUUGCUAUUAUAAAACAUAAAUAAAAUGAAUAUAUUCAAAUGGAUACUUGUAUUAGCAAUAAAUAAAUAUUUGUCAAUAAUGA